CUUAGCGAGCCACUAGCGCGGCGGGCCACUCAGACUCGCUCCAACUGGGCUCGGCCAAACCUCCCGCGCGAAAUUUUGAGGAAGAUUUCGAAUCGUCACGACAACUCUCGAACGCCCAGCCAGCGAGACCCUACAACACCGGCAAGAAGAUGGUCCUCGCAAAGAAGCACGUCCCUAUCGUCAAGAAGCGCACCAAGACCUUCUGGCGCCACCAGUCCGACCGCUUCAAGUGUGUCCCUUCGUCAUGGCGCAAGCCCAAGGGUAUCGACAACCGCGUCCGUAGACGCUUCAAGAGCAACCUUCCGAUGCCCUCGAUCGGAUACGGUUCCAACAAGAAGACCAAGCACAUGAUGCCCUCUGGCCACAAGGCCUUCCUCGUCCACAACCCCCGGGACGUUGAGCUUCUGCUCAUGCACAACCGCACCUACGCCGCUGAGAUCGCUCACGCCGUCUCCUCCCGCAAGCGUGUCGACAUUCUCGCCAAGGCCAAGGCUCUCGGUGUCAAGGUCACCAACCCCAAGGGCCGUGUCACCACUGAGGCUUAAAUUAUUCCCCUGUGACGAACGACAAAAUGAAAAAUUAGUAAAGCGCGAGAAAAAGAAAAAGGAAAGCGGUUUCCGGGACGGAUCACACGGUUCGCUAGUGAUAAAGGGUACUGGUCGGGUGUUUUUUUAUCUCAAAUCUAUUUUUUCCAUUUUUGUACGGUCGUGUGGAAGCCAA